AUGCCCACAGAAAUCCUACAGUACGGAGACCACAGCCUCCAAACCAUCACUGUCUCUACCGUAUCGGAAGACCCGAGCACAGGCUACUGGGUGAUACUAAUCCACGGCGGAGCCUGGCGAGAUCCAACCCAGACAGCCUCCAACUACCUGGCCCCUGUCGAGUCCAUCCUCACCGCAUCCCCAGAGUACACCUCCACGACGCUGCCACACAUCGCGGCCUUCGCUUCCAUCGAGUACAGACUGAGUCCGCAUCCAAACCACCCCCAGGAUCCCAAACAUACCCAACCAAGUGAAUACCGAAAUGCCCAACACCCCGACCACCUGCGCGACGUACAGGCCGCUCUGGCUCUGCUGCAGCAAAAGUACAAGUUCGGGAGCAGAUAUAUCCUCGUUGGUCAUAGCGCCGGCGCGACAUUGGCUUUUCAAUCGGUGAUGGGUGCAUUGCAGGGCGGUGCGGCCCCGGCAGCCAUCCUGGGAAUGGCGGGUAUAUAUGAUCUACGGCUUCUGCGGGAUACCCAUCGGGCUAUCUCGGCCUAUCAGGAGUUCAUCGAAGGGGCCUUUGGGUCCGAUGAAACGCUGUGGGAUGCCGUGUCGCCGGCUACUGUUGAGGGCUCUGGUGGUGUCGAGGGCGGGUGGACAACUGGGCGUCUGGCUGUGUUGGCGCGGUCGUCGGGCGAUGGGCUUGUGGAUGCUGGGCAGCAGGAAGCAAUGAAACGGGUCCUUGGUCGCUGGGAACAUGGAGGUGGCAAGAGACGGGUGGAGACGCUCGCCCUUGAAGGUGACCAUGAUGAUGCCUGGGAGAAGGGUGACGAGCUCGCGAGGGCGAUUGCGUUCACGCUUGCUGAGCUCAAUGAUUUGUAG